AUGGCAUUCGCGUGGAAAGCCGCCGGUCUCACCUACAACCGCUACAUUGCCGUCGCAUCGCGCGUCGUGCGCCGCUCACUCAAAGAGGACAAGCGCAUCGCUGCCGAGCGAAGGGGCGAGAGCGAACUCCGCUUCGCCAAGUGGGAGAACGGCAAGCAGGGCGAGCUGAAGGAGCUCAACGCUGCGGCGCUCCAGGCACAGGCCGAUGCCGCCAAGACCUCGUAA